AUGGAUCAAUACAACCUUUCAAGCCUGACUGAAUUUGUGCUCCUUGGCUUCCCCAACGUUGGACAUGUCAGGGGCUGGCUUUUUGUCUUGCUGUUUUUGGCAUACCUAUUCACCAUUGGUGGUAAUAUGCUCAUCUUUUUAGUCAUUCGACUGGAUGCUGCCCUACACAAACCCAUGUACCACUUUGUCAGUGUGCUUUCCUUCUUGGAGUUGUGGUAUACAGCCACCACCAUCCCUAAGAUGCUAGCUAAUCUUCUCAGUGAGAAGAAGACCAUUUCCUUUGCAGGAUGCCUCCUUCAGACAUAUUUCUUCCACUCCCUAGGAGCCUCUGAGUGCUACCUUCUUACAGCCAUGGCUUAUGACCGAUACUUGGCCAUCUGUCGGCCCCUCCACUACCCCUUGGUUAUGAGCACAGCACUUUGUGCCAAGAUGGCUGCUGGUUGCUGGACUUGUGGAUUCCUGUGCCCCAUUUCUGAGGUCAUCCUGGUCUCCCAGCUCCCCUUUUGUGACUACAAUGAAAUCCCACACAUCUUCUGUGACUUUCCACCUCUCCUGAGCCUGGCCUGCAAGGACACAUCCACUAAUGUUCUGGUGGACUUUGCUGUCAAUGCCUUCAUUAUCCUUAUCACCUUCCUCUUUAUCAUGGUUUCUUAUGGGCAGAUCAUUGGUGCUGUGCUGAAGAUUAAAACGGCAGCAGGACGAAGGAAGGCCUUCUCCACGUGUGCCUCACACCUCACUGUGGUCCUCAUCUUCUUUGGGAGCAUCAUCUUCAUGUAUGUACGGCUAAAGAAGAGCUACUCGCUCACUCUUGACCGGACUCUAGCUGUGGUAUACUCUGUAUUAACACCACUGGCCAACCCCGUUAUCUAUAGUCUUCGCAACAAGGAACUCAUUCGGGCCAUUAAGAGGACCAUCUUCAGGAAGGGGGAGAAAGCUAGUUCGACUCACCAUUGA